AUGCAGUUCGCCAAGUCUCUCCUGCUGCUGGCAGCCCUCACCACCAGCGCCAUCGCUCGUCCCGAAGGCCACGAGCGCCGCCAGGUCGCAACCACCACCACCACUAGCGCUGCUUCAUCUUCUUCUUCCUCUUCCGGCGGUGCCUGGACCAACACUCCUUCCAGCGGCUCCUACUCGACCUCCGGCUUCGGCGGUGUCACCAGUGCCAGCGGUAGCGGCAACACCUACACCGGUAACGUCGGCAACCCGUACGGCAGCAACAUCAUCGAGGUCUCUGAAUCCGAUGCCAGCCAGUAUAAGUACGUGAUUCAGUUCAAGGGCUCCAACACCGAGGACUGGACCGUCGCUGUCUGGAACAAGUACGGUUCCGAUGGCAAGAUGGACGGCUGGUACGGUAACGCCUGCAAGACCUUCACCCUCGCCGCCGGUGCCACCAAGUAUCUCGCCUUCGAUGAGGACACCAACGGUGGUUUCGCCGCUGCCGCUGGCUCGAUCCCCACCGACUCCAAUGGUGGCUACGCCUCCACCUGGGGUGAAUUCGAUUUCGGCUCCACGGUCAACAGCGGCUGGUCCGGCUUCGAUGUCUCUGCUAUUGCCGCCCAGAACGCCGGCCUCACCGUCCAGGGUAUGGAGAUCUGCGAUGCUCUCGGCUCUACUUGCUCUUCUAUCACUUCCAAUGCUGGCACUGUCAGCAACGCCUACACCAAGGCUGAGACUGACAUUGGUGGUAUUGGUGGUAACCUCGCCUCCGGCGCUGUUCGUCUGGCUGUCACCAUUGACUACUCUUAA